AUGCUGCUGCGGGGCGUGUGGCGAGGCUUGCGGCACCGCGUGGCCGCCGCGUGCAGCCCGUGCAUCCCCCGGGCCUACUCGGCCGCCUGCUCGGAAGGCCCCGGGUCCGCCAUCAAGUACGAGAUGCCUGAGCAUCUCCAGAGCAUGCCUCAGGAGCGCGACCCGCUGUUCACGGCCAUGGUGGCCUACAACUACCACUCCGCCGUGGCCAAGCUGGUGCCCAUGUUCGAGAAGUCCAUGAAGGGGCGGCAGCGGCUGACGGACGGCCAGCGCAAGCACCGCGUCGAGGGCAUCAUGCGCAUCAUGGGCUCCUGCUCCGCCUGCGUCGAGGUCACGUUCCCCGUCAAGCUGGACGACGGCUCGUUCACCCUCAUCACCGGCUACAGAGCGCACCACAGCGUGCACAAGAUUCCGGUCAAGGGAGGCAUCCGGUUCAGCUCGGACGUGUGCUCCGACGAGGUGAAGGGCUUGGCGGCCCUCAUGUCCUACAAGACGGCGUGCGUCAACGCGCCCUUCGGCGGCGCCAAGGGCGGCAUCAAGAUCAACCCCAAGGACUACAGCGAGAACGAGCUGGAGAAGAUCACGCGGAGGUACACCCUGGAGCUGGUGAAGCGAGGCUUCAUCGGCCCCGGCAUCGACGUGCCCGCGCCCGACAUGAACACGGGGCCGCUGGAGAUGAGCUGGAUCGCCGACCAGUACGCCAAGACGCUCGGGCACGCGGACAUCAACUCGUACGCCACGGUGACGGGCAAGCCCAUCAACCUGGGCGGCGUGGCGGGGCGCCAGGACGCCACGGGCCGCGGCGUGUACCUGGGCACCAACAGCUUCAUCAAGGAGGAGGCGCUCAUGCAGCAGAUUGGACUCACGCCGGGCUGGAAGGACAAGACGUACGUGGUGCAGGGCUUCGGCAACGUCGGCUUCCACACGGCGCGGUUCUUCACCAAGGCGGGCGCCCGGUGCAUCGGCGUCGUCGAGUGGGACUGCGCCAUCCGCAGCUGCGAUGGCAUCAACCCGCACGAGCUGCUGGAGCACAUGAAGCGGACCGGCAGCAUCAAGGACUUCCCCGGGACGGAGCCCGUGGACCGCGAGGAGAUGCUGCUCGCCGAGUGCGACAUCCUCGCGCCCUGCGCCACCGAGAAGGUCAUCCACCUGGACAACGCCGACAAGGUCAAGGCCAAGAUCAUCGCGGAGGGAGCUAAUGGACCGCUCACACCAGCUGCGGAUAAAAUACUGAUGGAAAAAAAGGUGCUCAUAAUCCCGGACAUUUAUCUGAAUGCAGGCGGAGUCACGGUGUCCUACUUUGAAUGGGUGAAGAAUGUCAACCAUAAAUCCUUUGGACGACUUAGUCUCAAAUAUGAGGAGAUGACACAGUUGCAUCUUCUAGAUUCGGUUCAAAAGUCACUGAAUAAAUCACUACCAAAUUGCAACAUAGAAAUACACCCCUCUGAUGAAUUCAAGCGUAGGUUGUUGGACGCAUCAGAAAAGGAAAUUGUUCGAGCCAGCUUAGAGGCAACGAUGGAGAAAACUGCUGGGGAAAUUAAGUUUAUGGCUAAAGAACACAAUUUAGGCAUCAACAUGAGAAUUGCUGCCUAUUGCAAUGCCCUUUAUAAGAUCUAUAAGUGUUAUGAAGAAGCUGGACUGACUUUAUGAUGUCUGGGCAAUGUUUUAAUUUUUGACUGUGAAAGCUGUACAAUGUAUGAUUAGAAUCUGAGGCCUUGUUAUUUUGGUAGCUCACAUGUAUUUGCUAUCAGCUUGACUUUUGACGAUUACUCUUGGUAAUGUGAAAGAUUAUGAAAGGAACACUUCUGCCGCCACAUAUUCAGUCACAUGUAGAUAGUUCUUGUGCCACCAAGGGACAAGGGAAAGCAUUUCAACGCAGAGUUCAGUAAACUCGAGUAAACUGGUUUAUCAAAAGUACACAAAAUCACAGGUAUCAAAGUACACAACAGCCAAUCGACAUAAAUUAUGUAUGUACAAUCUCAUACAAUUAUAAAAUACUUUUACUUAAUCCAAAA